UCCAAGGUGCAGGCCAAAGAGGCAAAGACAACUAGGCAAGGCAGAAAAGCCAAAGAAAGAGACGGAGUUACCAAACACACGCGGAUAUCUUAGCAGCUAAGUCAUAUCCUAAAUUGCCAUAAGGAAUUUUGCCAAAUUGAAAUUGUGAUUUAAUUGUAUAAAAAGGAAUGAUAAGCUCCAAGGCUUUCCUGUCUUCAAUUUUGCUUCUGAAUCUCAUCAUCUCUCUGUAUUCGCUAUGGCCGACGAAUCUGCUCCCAAAUCCGUCGCUGCUGCUUCUUCCGAAACAGCGGUCCACAUCAUUUACACCGAGCGCCCUCUCGAAAAUGAGGAGCCUGAGUCCUACCACAUCCGAACCCUAGCCACCGUCCUCGGCAGUGAGGAGGCAGCGAGGGAGGCUCUUGUAUACAGUUACAAGACGGCUGCCAGUGGAUUCUCCGCUAAGCUCACUCCUCAGCAGGUCGACCAAAUUUCAAAGCUACCUGGGGUCCUUCAGGUUGUACCAAGCAGGACACUCCAGCUACAUUCAGGACCGGGAAAGCUGCAGUAGAGGAACUGUACUCCAUACAUAAGAACAUGUUUUAAACUCCAGUAUCCACCUUGGUGUAUAAGACAAUAAACUUGUUUACUCUUGGCAUGCCGUGAAUCUUUGCGUAAUAAGGUUCAUAAUAAAAGUUUAAGAUUGCCGUA